CGUGCGUUUAGUUCACCGCGCGACCGAAGCUGUCUCCUUGUCCCCGCACCUGGUGUCUUCUUCUACGGAGUCGGCAGUGAUGGACAAGUCUCCAUACACCAUGUCUUUGGUCUGCUCACUGCUUCUCAUACUGCAAAAGUGUGAGACGGCCAGCGGGAAAGUCUUAGAGGAGACUUAUCUGAAGUGGGUUCAGUACAAAGACGACUGUCUCAGAAUGAUAGCAAAUGAGCCGUUUCUCCAAGCCGGCCUGUUCUGCAACAGGACAUUUGACAUAUACGCGUGCUGGCCCGAUACCCCCGCCGGCUCUGCGGUCAACAUCUCGUGCCCUUUCUACCUGCCCUGGUACGACCAAGUCGCCCGGGGUGUUGUGCGUCGGCAGUGUGGCGCCGACGGCCGCUGGGAGAGAGAUGGCGGCGGGCACGUGUGGAGGGACAUGACCCAGUGCCAGGAGGAGAACGACGUCCAGUCUCAUGAGCUGUGGGUGAAACAACUGAUGGUGAGCUUCAGGAUGUUGUACACGACGGGCUACUCCGUGUCCCUCUUCGCGCUGGUGACGGCUCUCAUCGUGCUGCUCAGCUUCAGGAAACUGCAUUGCACCAGGAACUACAUUCACUGUAACCUCUUCAUGUCCCUCAUCCUACGAGCUGUGUCUGUCAUGGUUAAGGACGCCAUGCUGGAACGCCACUGGGGAGGAGAAAUCCUGAAUCACGGAGAUGUGAGUGAGAUGCUCAGUCACCAGGCCGCCAUUGGCUGCAGGGUGGCACAGGUGAUGAUGCAGUACUGUGUCCUGGCCAAUCACUAUUGGUUCUUUGGAGAGGCGAUUUAUUUGUACUCGGUGCUUAUUGCCUCGGUGUUCAUCGACAACAACAAAUACUUGCCGUACAUCUGUGUGGGGUGGGGAACUCCACUUCUGUUUGUGGUUCCUUGGGCAGUGAUGAAGCAAUUGAAAGAAAACAAAGAGUGUUGGGCUGUUAAUGAAAACAUGAACUACUGGUGGAUCAUCCGUUUCCCAAUCCUCCUCGUUUCACUGAUCAACUUUUUGAUUUUCAUAAAGAUCCUGAAGGUCAUUCUUUCGAAAUUACGAGCCAGCAACCAAAGUGGAUACCCUGAUUAUAAACUUCGGCUUGCCAAGGCGACCCUUACCCUCAUCCCUCUGUUCGGCGUUCAUGAGGUCGUAUUCAUCUUUGUGACAGAUGAGCAGAUCACAGGGGUCCUGCGCUACAUUAAAGUCUUUUUCACCCUUUUCCUAAAUUCAUUUCAGGGCUUCCUGGUGGCUGUACUCUACUGCUAUGCCAAUAAAGAGGUUAGGACAGAGCUGAAGAGGAAGUUACGCAGCUGGAGGACAGAGGCUGGGAUCGCAUGCUGUGCACAGUGACUAGCCGACUCUCGAGUAGAAAACUUCUCCAUCGCCACAGUGCCAGAGCGAAACAGAUCCUCCACCACAACAAUGAGGGCUAUGCCCGAUGGUUCACCCACUCCUGAGAGUUCGCUUACUUUGAGACGGCAAGUUCAGAAGACUCCAACACUGCCAGAUGCUUUUUCUCAGCAGUGUCUGUCAGUGGUAAAUACAGACAACACCGUGCAGCAUGCGGACCAGCUUCUCCCUGGAAAAUCGUCUGUCGAAAUGCAGGUUUCCUUCCUCAUUCACCUCCAAGACCCAGUGGAGUUACUCCCAAAUGUUGUGAAUAUAGAUUCAGAUUAAAUAAAUGUUUUGCAUUUACUGUAUUAAAAAAAAGAUAGGUGGUUUGCAGUGAAUGUGUGAAAUUGUGAAUCAGUCUUUGUAAAUUGUAAAAUUGUAUGUAAAAGUAUGUGAUUGUUAUCAUUCAAUACGUGAGACAUCUUAAAUGCAUAUGGGCAAUAGGAAUAAAAUGAUAUAGGAUAUAUAGGUUUACUCUGUUUGUGAUGGAAGCAGCUUUCUUUUAGGAUGGGUAAUUCAUUAUCAGUGUCACUUAAAUAUGAUUGGUGGAUUUAAAAUGAGCAAAAAGAAUAAAG